GCCUUAAUUCUUCAACCUCGUCGACGGGAAAUUGAAAGAUGGGAAAGGUCAAAAAAACGAAAAAGUUUGCUGCAGUGAAACGGAUGCUCAACCCAAAAGACAUCCGAUUGAAAGAGAAUCAGCUAAAGCAAAAGAAGAAGGAGGACGAGGAGAAAGCAAAGGCCGUUCGAAGAGUAGCUCCUGUAGCCACAUCACUUUUCCUGGCACAUAACACAGCCCUUGUCCCGCCCUAUCGCGUUCUCAUCGACACCAACUUCAUCAACUUCAGCUUGCAAAACAAGUUGGAGCUCGUUAGCAGAAUGAUGGACUGCCUCUACGCCAAAUGUAUCCCGUGUGUAACAGACUGUGUAAUGGCCGAACUGGAGAAGCUGGGCCACAAAUAUCGGGUUGCACUACGUGUGGCACGAGAUCCUCGUUUUGAGCGCCUUACGUGUAAUCACCAAGGAACAUAUGCAGAUGACUGCCUCGUUCAACGAGUUACAGCCCACAAAUGUUUCAUCGUCGCAACCUGUGAUAGGGAACUGCGACGGCGUGUACGACAAAUACCAGGAAUUCCACUGAUGUACAUCGUCAAGAGACGAUAUGCCAUCGAACGUUUACCAGACCAAGGUGCUCCAUCAUGAAAUUCUCACUCUGUAUCACAAAAGUAUUCCCCUACAUGCUUGUACGAGUGUUACACGCAUGCUUAUUACCCCGGUAAUUAUGAUCCUGA